AUGCAGUUCGCCUUGCACUUCGGCCGUACGAAGGACCAUUACAGGCUGUUCAUGACCUUCCAAGACAUGCAGGCAAUAUUGGGCAAUAUUGGAAAAAUCCUCAGUUCCAAGCCCAGUUCAUCUGCCCUUGUUAUAGAUGCCACCCAAAGUCCCUUCGACGAGCCCAGCUCCUCUAUAACUAGCUCGUCUUCCGCGAUUAAACCGCGAUCGGUUACGUUAAAUGUAUGGCAGUAUGGCCAUACGAAGGUCGUUGGUGGUAUUAUUAAGCACCAUGGUAAGAAUGCUAUAUGGGCGUAUGAUGACUGCAACAAGGAGUUGUCAAAUACUGGCGCCGCGAAGCAACAUCUAUGGUAUGUCCAUAAGAUUUCUGUUGACGAAUACACUGGCGAGGCAUUACAACUUGCCAAAAAGAGAAAGAGGGUGCGUAUGGAGGAUCCAGGAUCAAUAGAGGCUAGAUUUGCGAGGUCUGAAUCUAUUUUAUGCGAAUUUCGCGCACGGCAGAACAACCAGUUUCUACACGACGUCAUCAAUCAACAGGGGCUUCAUGAUCGAAUUGUCGGACUUGUUACUAUGCGUAACCUGCCUCAUCAGGCGGUAGAAUGGCCGGAACUUAAAGAUCUACUACUCUGUAUCAAUCCCAUGGUUGAAGACAAAUGGGUCAAGUCACGCGCAACCACGCCAAAACUUAUCUCGGAAGCUUAUCGUUUCCAUAAGCAAAAACUGAAAAUUCUCUUACAGUCGUCAGAAACCAGAGUCCAUUUUGCUUUUAAGUGA